UCUUUCUUUUGACCUCCCAAAAAUGGCGGCGUGUUGCUGCUUUACUACGGGCGCAGCUUAGUGACGCAACAGCGCAGCCACGCUGAGCGCUAGUGUGGAGGAAAAUAAGGAACGGCCAGUAGCAUGGCCUCUGAUGGAGUCACUGUGGCUGAAGCACAAGAGAACAGCACAGAUCCCCAAACUAAUGGAACCAAGCAGGAGGUCCAGAGUGGAGAGAAUGAGACACUGUCAAAGAGGCAGAGAAAGAAACUUCUCAAGCAGCAACAGUGGGAAGAGCAGAGAGACCUACGAAAGCAGAAGCGCAAGGAGCGGAAACAACAGAGGAAACUGGAGAGACAGACACAGGCUGAGGAUGGAACAGAGUUUGCAUUCAGGAAGCGCCUUCGCAGAGAAGCAGAGCCCAGUCCUCUCCGUCUGGUCGUAGACUGCAGCUUUGACAGUCUCAUGCUGCUAAAGGAUGUAAAAAAACUCCACAAGCAGAUCCAGAGAUGCUAUGCAGAGAACAGACGAGCUGCUCACCCAGUACAGUUUUACAUAACAAGCCAUGGUGGACAGUUGAAACAGAACAUGGAUGAAAUAAACAAAGGCUGGGUGAACUGGAAGGAUGUCCAUAUCAAGCCGGAGCACUUUCAUGAAGUCUUAAGCAAAGAUGAUCUGGUGUACCUCACAUCAGAUUCACCCAACGUACUGGAGGAGCUGGAUGAGAACAAAGCCUAUGUGAUUGGAGGCCUGGUGGAUCAUAACCACCAUAAGGGAAUUUCUUUUGAACGUGCCAAAGAGCUUGGAAUUGCUCAUGCUCAGCUCCCAUUGAGCAGCUUUGUCAAGAUGAACAGUCGCAAAGUGCUUGCUGUAAACCACGUGUUUGAGAUUUUGCUGGCGUACCUGGAGAAACGUGACUGGAAGGAGGCAUUCUUCACUGUUUUGCCCCAGCGGAAAGGAGCUGUGCCAGUGGGCCAGGAGGACAAACAGGAGCAGGGCAAUGAUGAAGACGAGGAAGACUCCGACAGAGACUCAGACACAUGCGAGCCAGUCACAGAAAAGAGUGAAGAUGCAAAGGACCAAUUAAAUGAGCAGCAACAACUUGCAAGCCAGGAUGUAGAACAGAAAGAAAUUACCUCAUAAAUACAUUCUCUUGUUAAUUUAUUCUUUUUAUAGAAAUACUGGAAUGCUUUUUUUUCCAGAUUUUAUUUUUUCCAUUAAUGAUAAUAAGUUAUGAUUAUUAAUUCUUUACUGUUUUGGAAAGACAUUUUUUUUGUUUUAAUCACUGCUGCUGAGAUCAGAACCUCUCUCACUACCAUUAAAGGUGAUCUCUGACCUCUUGCAUGACAAGUUAAGUUAAUACUCAAGUACACAUUCUAUUGCAUUCACAUUCCUUUCACCCUCGCCCAGUAGUCACGGUCACAGGUCCUGGUGAUCUGCUACACAGCAGAUUCUAGUUCCAACAACCCUUCUCCAGCUAAUUAACUUAUUGGAGUGGCUGGACCAGAUGUGUGUUAGUGUUGGGGUAACGGGGGUGCAGCAUGUUUAACGCAGGCUAGAAGAGAGUAGAUCUCUAGACAGAAGGGUUGGUGGCCACUACUCUAGGCUUAGGUAAAGUCACAACAACAUACCUGAGCCUGUCAUUGUCUGUGUCUGAAAUGCAAAAAAAUGCUGACUUAAUAUCUUGCUGCACACACUUUUUUUGUCGUAGAAGGCAAAAAUGCAUCCUGAUGUUGCCGUGGUACAGACAGCUCACUGUAGUACUGCAGAUUAGUAAAAGAAUCGUUCACUUUGUGAUACAAGCAUCACAUUUGGUACAAAUCCUCUUUUUCACCUGCUUUUCCCAAAAAAGCAUGUUUUCCACACAAAAAAACAAUAUUUUUAAUGAUCUUGGUGUUUAAAGAUAAGUUUGUGAGUAUAAGAAAUUCAGUUCUGCAUUUAGAUUUUUUCAUUGUAGAAAUAGUGUUUUGGCACUGAAUUUGAAACAUAUAGUGCUUUAUGAUUUUUAAGACCCCUUUGAGCUUAUAACUUGUAUAUCAGUGUGGCUCUAGAAUAGAGCUCAGUUACUUGUCCUGAUGGAGUAAAUAUUUUUUGGUAUCUGUUGUAAAAGCUCUCUGGCUUGAGCAAAUGUUUAAAUGCAUAGGAGUGAAUAAGAGGAAUGAGGAAUGAAAAAUUAGAAAUUGAUGAGUACAGGUCAGUAUGCCUCUGAUUCAUAGCUUGGCGACCUGCCCUGAAGGAGUGCUCACAGUUUGGUGGGUCAAAAUAACAGAAUUUAUACUUUAUGCUAAGAUAGAAUAGAGAAUCUGAAACAGGGCAAAAUGGUCAAGCAAAAGUACAGUAGAUUGGUGUGCAAUUUAUGUAACCGUUAAUUCUUAAUGGGGAAAAAUGAAAAUGUACUUUUUUAAAAGUUUUUGCAAAACUGCUUCCGGUCAAUAAAACAGAGGACUAGAUGA